AUGUGGAUUUCAAGGUUUUUGUUGAUUUAUGUCUCUCUCAGUUUUGCACAUGUAGAGGCUGAAAUAUCUCUAAUGUCUCUGGAGCCUCAUUUAGAUUCAGGUUUGUGCUACAUGUUAGUUUUCAUCCCUCACUCUGUACUUUUCAUAUAGACCAAAAGGUUUAGUUAUGGUCUCUUCAUGUCACUCUAUUGGUCAAACCUGUUGAGUUUAUUAAUGACCGGUCUGAUGUAUUUGAGGUGCCACAUAAGAUUCCAAUAAAAUAUAUUUAAAUAAAAAUUAAAUAUAUAAAAGGGAAAUCGGUGGGAAUACCUUUCAGAAUGUAUUGUACAAAAAACUCCACCUGAAUCUAUAGUUCCUGCCAUUUUUCUUCUGCAUCCAGGUCCAACACAUUGUUUAAACUCUAAACAUAAUAAAUAUAUGUUAAAGAAAAAGCAAACUUUUCUCCCACCUUUAUCAUUGAGCCAUUUUUAGGUAAAUGAAAUGUUGACAAGCACCAAUAAAACUACUUAUUGGUGCUUAUAAAAUAUCUUCCAACGUAAAUAUCUGCCCAGUAUUAAUUAAAAACAUGCCAACAAAUAGGAAAAAUAUGACAAAUGCUGACAUUUAAUAAAUUCUGUGCUUAUUACUGUUUACUUACUACUUACUACAAAUCAAUAUCUUUACAUGGUACGAUGUGAUUGGCUCCAACGAGUCCUGUGAAAGAACAGCCUCUGAUUGGACAAGAGGGAAGACCAGUAACAUUCGGACACACACACUUUUUGUUAGAUAAAACAAACGUAGGAUAGGUUCUCCCACACCUGAGCAGAGGUGACAGAGCAGGUCACACACACAGAGACAUGAGAACACACAAGUUAUGCAUUGUUCUGCUGGGCCUGCUGCUGGGGUCCUUCAGCAUUCAGGCCGGUGACCCUAAGGAUGACCCCGACAAGGCAACAGAGGCAUCAUCAGCAGAGACAUUAGAGGACACUUCAGAGGAGACGGACAAGAAGCCAAAGGAGGAGAAGACAACAAACAUAGAAAAAGAAAAAGACAUUUUGGUUCUACACAUCAACAACUUUGACAGAGCUCUCAGCGAAAAUGAGUUUUUACUGGUUGAGUUUUAUGCUCCCUGGUGUGGCCACUGCAAAGAGUUUGAACCGAUUUACGCCGAGGUCGCAGAGAAACUGAAGGAGGAGGAAGCAGGGAUUCGACUGGCUAAGGUGGAUGCCAUUGAGGAGAAGGAGCUGGCUGAUGAGUUUGAGGUCGGAAGCUUUCCCACUCUGAAGGUGUUCAUCAACGGGGACCGCAAGCAGCCAUUGGACUACACUGGUAAAAGAUCAGUGGUGGGAAUAAUUCAAUGGAUGAAGCGUCGCGCCGGUCCCGGGACUUCAAAUCUUGACUCUGUGGACUCUGCAGCCAAGUUCAUCGGCACCCACAAUAUCUCUGUUGUAGGAUUCUUCAAUAGUUUGGAAAGUGAGUCUGCCAAGGUGUUCAAGGAGGUCGCUUUUGAUUUGACUGAUGUUGAGUUUGGAGUUACUGCAACUCCUAAAGUGUUUCAGAAAUAUGAAGUGAAAUCAGUCUCAGUGGUUCUAUUCAAAAAGUUUGAUGAUGAUAGAGAAGACUAUGUGUGGUCAGAAGAAGAGAAAUUAGACAAACACAACCUGACCUCCUUCAUCAAGGAAAACAGCCUGGAGCUCAUCAUCCCAUUCAACCCCGAGGUAGCAGACAAGAUCUUCGCUUCUCGUAUCCGCCUGCAUAGCCUGCUGUUCAUCAACUCCACAGUGCAGGGUCAGUUGGAGCUGGUGGAGGAGGCCAAGGCUGUCGCCAAGGAGUUUAAGGGCAAGAUGUUGUUUGUUCUGAUUGAUGUGACACAGGCCCUGUCACAUGUGCUAAAUUAUUUUGGAGUGUCAGAAAGCGACGCACCAACUGCAAGGAUCAUCCACAUGGAAACACAGAAGAAGUUCAGUAUUCCCUCUGGAGCUCUAACAGCAGAUUCACUGUGGCUGCUGUGUCAGGAGGUUGUUGACGGCAUUGCAAUGCCAUACUAUCGUUCUGAAGAGAUCCCAGAGGACUGGGACAAAGAACCAGUCAAAGUCCUGGUGGGCAAGAAUUUUAAAUCUGUGGCUCUGGACCCAGCCAAAAACGUCUUUAUUGAGUUUUAUGCUCCAUGGUGUGGACACUGCAAAGAACUGGCUCCGAUUUGGGACCAGCUGGGAGAGAAAUAUGCUGAUCAUGAAAACAUCAUCAUAGCCAAGAUGGACGCCACAGCCAAUGAAGUAGAGUCGCUUGUCAUUUCAGGAUUUCCAACCAUCAAAUAUUACCCAGCUGAAGGCAAAGAGGUGGUCGACUACACUGGAAACCGAGAUCUGGAGACAUUUAGCAAGUUCCUAGAUAGUGGAGGAGUUUUACCACAGGAAGAAAAUGGAGAUGAUAAUGAUGAUGAUGAUGAUGAUGAUGAUGAUGAUGAUGAUGAUGGUGAGGAGAGCUCAGAUGCUAAAGAAGAAGACAUCACUGGUGAUCAAAGCAAGGAAGUAGACGAGUCUGCAGAAAUUUCUGAAAACAAGACGUCCAAAGACGAACUGUAAUUGUGCUAAAGGCAUAUUAUGAUCAAGCUAUCUUCUUCCAGUUUUCUUAGUAAAAGUUACACAACUUAUGAAUCGUUAUCUCUGUACUGAGAAUUAGAAUGAGUGUUUAAGCUCUCAGUUUGCUACUUUUAAAACUAUUUGAUUCUUAAAAUGAUAACGUUUGAUUUGACAACUUGAGGAUAAAGAAUAAAGCUGUAUUAAGGAAAGAAACUCAA